AUGUCUUUGUCCAGCCAUGCUGCGUAUGCAAAGAUGAGAAAUCCGUGCGCGACGAAUGCAUGUUGUUCUCGCGCGCCGACGAUCCCCAGGAAGAUUGCAAGAGUCUGGUCUCCAAGUACAAGGACUGCAUGGCCACCUAUGGAUUUAAGAUAUAAUGAACUCCCCCCCCCCCCCUCUCCGGCCCGCGCGAUGAGCGCUUCGGAAAGAGUUUAUUGGGGAAACGCAGAGAUUGUGAACAGAGAGAAACUCCUAGAGUCUGCCUGCACGAUGCGGCGAAUACCUAGCGCUCGGGGCUGA